AUGUGGGACUACUUUGCCGGCCAAGUGGUGUUUCUCACGGGGUCUUCAGGGUUCAUGGGAACAGCCAUUGCCUACCGUCUACUCUCCCAAGCUCCUAUUGCCCACCUCUAUCUGCUUUGCAGAGGUGGACUGCCACGACUUUCAGCACUGUGGGCACAGCAUUUGCCACCUAAAUACAUUCAAAUGCUAUUCGAAGGUCACAUAAGCGUCCUCGAUGGGGACAUCACCAAGCCCAGCAUGGGCCUAGAUGGCGAGACGUUACAGCGCCUCCAGCAAGAACUCACCGUCAUCAUUCACGCUGCCUCAUCCAUCAAUCUGGUCCAACCCCUUACUAAGCUCUCUGAUGCCACCAUCCGCGCCAGUGAAGGAAUGGCCUACCUUGGGCUGGCGUGCAACAAGCUCAAGCGGUUCGUGUUCGUGUCGACCGCCUACUCCAACGCCUUCCUACACCAAGAGACAACCGAUACGGACGUUUAUGUCGAUGAGACUAUUCACCCUCUCGGACACGGCUGGGUGACUGACGUCCUAAACGAGUGGACGCAAGUGCAGGAUCAUGGCUACUCGUUGGAAUACCUGUCGCACGACUUCCCCUGGGCUUAUUCCUACACCAAGCACCUUACAGAGCGGCUUCUUAUGCGUAUGUUCGCCGACGCCAGCCGAGAUGAUCAGUUGCUCAUCAUCCGGCCCUCCAUCGUCGCCCCAGCCCAGAAUUUCCCUUAUCCGAGAUACAGUAUGCCCAAAUCCACACCAUCGACCCUGCUAUCUGCCACCUUGCUUCUGACACCAUCGUGGCACUUCCGCAUGGCUAGCCGGUUGCCACACCCGGACACCCAGGCUACUGUAGACGAAGUGCCGGUGGAUGUUGUCGUGGACAGGCUGCUCGCUCAUCUUGCGCGGGGAUCUACUGGCCCCGUUCACGCUGUCAGCGGUGCUGCCAAACGGUAUUGCUUCCGCACGUAUUGGGAGGAGGCGAUGAAGUUGCGCUGCGUGCCGUGGACGCUGCAGCCCAUGUGGAUGCCGGUGAACUGGCACUCGGACACCCUCCACGACAGUGCCCGGAUUUUUGUUAUCGGAGGUACCUCGUACAACUUUUGCGAACGCAAAACAGACGUGUUGUAUCGAGAACUGGGGGAGAAGGACCGGCUGGGAUUACAGUUGUAUACAACAGGCUUUGGCGACCGACAUGAUCUCGCGGUGAGAUUGCCGCAGAUCCUGUCCCUUGCAGAGCAUAUUUCUAGGCGAUGUUUCCUUGCUCAAGUCAUGUUUUGGGUGUUUUAUGGGUGGUUGCUGUAG